ACCGGUUAUAGCUGGGGAAAUGGCCCGGCAUUAUCUUCCCCCGCAGCCAGUCGCUGCCGGGACAACAUGCCAGCCAUUUUUUACACAAUCAAGUACAGUAUUAAUGCAGCGUCGCCAUACAUCCGGAUAACAUUUGUAAUUGUGGAGCAGAACAUUAUCGUGGUGUGGCGAGAUGCCGUUAGAAAUUUGUAUGGGCGCCAUUCGUGAUGACGGUGUUAUAUAAUUAUGUGUGGCUGUUUUACGGGAUUAAUGCGGUGGCCGGCAAUCACACACUGCAAGCCUGCAUGUUCACCAAUCAGUACGAGAAGUCGUCCACCUUCGACUUUAGCAAGGGCGGCGCGGCCGUGGAUCUGGCGCUGGAAUAUGUCCGCGACAAUGUCCUCCCGGACGACGUCAGUUUGGAGAUGGUCAUUCAGGAUUUAGGGCCGCAGUGCGGCACCGACAGUCACGUCACCAGUUACGCCAUGGACUAUUUCUACCGCGGAUUGAAUUGCAACGUCUACAUCGGACCCGGCUGCCGGCUGGAUGUGGAGACGCUGUACGACGUAGCCGACUACUUCCGCAUUCCCCUGAUCGCCAUCACGGGAGCGGGCGUCGGGGCCGGGACGGAUCUGGCGCUGUAUCCCUCGCUGGCGCGCAUCUCCGUUACCCAUACUAACACCUUUGCGGUAUUAGCCAGGUUCUGGCAGCGCUUUAAUUACACACACGUGGGGAUGGUGUGCAACGACGCCGACCGCUUCUAUCAGGACAUGUUCCUGGUGAUCCGCGGGGAAAUUAUGAAGUGGGAGGAUUUUGAGAAGAGAUCGGCCGUGAUGUUCCGCACGUUUGACGGGGCGGCCGCCAAGGGGGACCAGGUCAUUGAGGCGGUUUUGUCCGAUUUAAAGAAUUUCUGCCGAGUUUUUGUGAUUUUGGCCAGUGGAGACACUCUUCGUCGUGUCAUGAUAAUCGCCAGGAGACUUGGCUUAACCAGCGUUGAAUUUAUUUAUCUGGCGGUGGAGCUGUUCCCCAGUGCCACGUGGGGCGCGUUCACCUGGGAACGACACGACAAUAACGACAUCGCCGCACGAGAUGCCUACUCAUCGUUGCUGCUGUUUUCCUACGAACCGGUCAAUCUCGUCACACGUGAGACCUUCGAGAACAAGGUCAAGAAACUGUCGCCGAAAUACGGAUACACCUACAAACCUCGCGAAGCGGUGGAAGAGACUGUCGGGCAUUUUUACGACGCCGUUCUAUUAUACGCGUCCCUCGUCAGCCAACGAUACGAACUGGGCCACGACGUGGCCGACAGCGAACUGAUCUUCAAUUUGUUAGGCAACUACUCCUUCGUGAGCCCGGUAAGCGGGAUCGUGCAGCUGGACAUCAACGGCGACCGGGUUAUUCCGUACAUUGCCAAGCGUUUUAUUGCCUCAACCGGUCGAUUCGAGCCGUUUCUAGAGUUUCCCAAUACCAACGAGGAGGUGGUCGUCGUGGAUGUCAUUGACUGGAAGGGAGCGGCCAGUCUCCCGCGUAACACGCCGCGGUGUGGAUUCCGUGGGGAGAAUCCUGCGUGCCAACCAGUAACGGUUUGGACGGACAGCACAAUCAUCGCGACGGCGCUAGUUCCCGUGAUCUUCCUGGUGCUACUGGGAGUCGGGGUUUUCUUUGGAGGAAAACGCUACCUGGACACCCACUACGACCCGUAUUGGUGGCGCGUCUUUUCGCACCAACUCCUCCCACCCAGCACCGGCACCAGCAUGGGCUCCAACACGUCCGCAACGAAAUUCGCCAACGCUUCCGGCAGCAAGCGUCAGCCAACCGGCACGGGAACAGCGGCCACCAGCCAGUUCUCCGGCCCGAAAUCCCGGUCCUUGGCGAUGGAUUCCCUGUAUCCGACAUGUAACAAGAUCUACGUCUUCCAAGGAAACGCUAUCGGCGCCUCCGAGCUGCCGAAACCGUUUAAGCGCGCUGUUGCCGAUAUGGGCGUCAGUCUGCGGCCGCUUCGGCGAAUGCAACACCGUAACGUCCAAACAUUCUCCGGCAUCGAGGUCAACGAAGACAAUUUCUGCGUCUCGGUGUUAGGCGAGCUGUGCCAGAAGGGCGAUCUGGAACUACUGUUGCAGUCGAAAACUGUCAGACUGGAUGAUUCGUUCAAAUUCACAAUAAUGCUCAACCUGGCGUCGGGUGUUAACUUUCUCCACAACUCACCGGUGAUCUCGCACGGUUUCUUAAUGGAGAGCACCUGCCUGGUGGACGGGCGGUUCGUGGUGAAACUGGCCGGUCACGGUCUGACCGCGUUCCACCACGACUACGAGCUCCGCGAACCCCAAGCGGACAUGGAAGAAAUCGACAAACUGACGGUGUACCUGUGGCGGGCGCCGGAAUUCCUCCGUCGGCCGAUGCCGCCCAAGGGCUCGGUCAAAGGUGAUAUCUACAGCAUGGCGGUGCUCUUCCAUCAGAUUGUGGUGCAAAAGGGUCCCUUCGGGAACCCCAGCAGUGACGAAUGGACGGUGUCGGAUGUUAAAAUCCUAAAAGAUGUCCUUAACGAAGUCAAACGCGCAGCCCCGCCCCUCCGUCCACGUCUUCCGCGCUCGGCCUGCCCGACCUUCCUGGUGGACCUCAUCGAGCAGUGUUGGAGCGAGGACCCUGUUGAGCGGCCAACGGCCUGGCGGGUGCUGGAUACUAUUCGUUACGAGACCGGCUACACGACCGAUAACGUGACGGAUCACCUGAUCAAGCGGCUGGAGACGUACGCUGCCACGCUGGAGUACCAGGUGGAGGCGCGGACCAAGGUCUUCAUGGAGGAGAAACGGCGCGGUGAAGAGUUGCUCAGCACUAUUUUGCCCAGGGUGGUAGCGCAGGCGUUAAACUCCGGUAAAGAAGUGCAGCCCGAGAUGUUCGCUAGUACUUCGGUGUUCUUCAGCCGCCUGGAGGGCUACGAAGAGGUCAUCCGCAAAACGCAGGUCCCGGUGGCGGCUACGCAUAUUCUCAACCACCUCUACGUGACGUGCGACAAGAUUAUCGAGCGCUACGAUGUCUACAAGGUGGAGACGGUGGCCGAUGCGUACAUGAUUGUUAGUGGAUUGCCGGUGCCGAACGGGAGUCGUCACGCGGACAUUAUCGCGUCCAUGUCGCUGCACCUUUCUAAGCAGAUUAACGGCAUGACCUUCCAGGGAUACCCGGAGAUGCCGUGCCAUAUUCGCAUCGGCAUCAAUUCCGGUCCGUGUGCAGCGGGAAUCAUCGGACUGAAGCUGCCUCGAUACUGUUUGUACGGCGACACUGUUAACACAGCGUCGAGAAUGGAAUCAUCAGGGCAAGCCGGAAGAAUCCAUAUCAGCGCGUCAACGCGAGAUUUAUUGCUGAUUGAUGAACGGUACGAAAUUACCGAAAGAGGAGCCACCAAUAUUAAGGGAAAAGGCAUGCUGCUGACCUUUUGGCUCAACGGACUAAGCACGAAGAGCGACGAACUGCCUAAGGGAAUACGAACGACGGAACCCGCCAAAUUCAACUGAUCCGUUAGUAUUCCACUAACAGCCACAUACAUACUCGUACAUCAAGACACGCCAAGACAAGUCUGUUUAAAAACCGGCGAUUUUGUGUAAUUUUUCCAAAUACA